AGCGUCGGUUGGCUUGGUUUCUAUGGCGACGGGGCCGGCUCUGAGGCCUGGGCCUGCGGGGGCAAGAUGAAGCUGAAGCGGUUCUUGCUGCGAUAUUACCCGCCGGGCAUUAUUUUGGAAUAUGUUCAAGGCGGGGAAGUGAAAACCAAAUCCAUAGAUUUACUAGAUCUCAGUGCUGCUACAGACGUAGAUGCUUUAGUAGAAGACAUUAGAAAGGCAGAACCUCUUAUCACAGCUUCACGUAAAGAUCAGAUUGUGCAUUUAAUAUCACGAUUACAAGAUAAGCUUCGGCAACAGGUGGACCACAAAUUCUAUCUUUUUAAGGUACUUCGGGCACAUAUUUUGCCUCUGACUAAUGUUGCCUUUAACAAAUCUGGUUCCUGCUUUAUCACUGGAAGUUAUGACAGAACUUGCAAACUAUGGGACACAGCAUCAGGAGAAGAGCUUCAUACUUUGGAAGGACACAGGAAUGUGGUCUAUGCAAUUGCUUUCAAUAAUCCCUAUGGUGACAAGAUUGCUACUGGGUCAUUUGACAAGACCUGCAAAUUAUGGAGUGUGGAUACAGGGAAAUGCUAUUAUACCUUUCGAGGACAUACUGCAGAGAUAGUUUGCUUGUCAUUUAAUCUUCAAAGUACCCUGGUUGCUACGGGAAGUAUGGAUACCACAGCUAAACUAUGGGACAUACAGAAUGGUGAAGAAGUGGUCACAUUAACAGGGCAUUCUGCAGAGAUUAUUGCAUUAUCAUUUAACACCACAGGAGACAGGAUCAUCACAGGUUCCUUUGACCAUACGGUUGCUGUGUGGGAUGUUGGCACAGGCAGGAGAAUGCAUACUUUAAUAGGCCACCGGGCAGAAAUAAGUAGUGCACAGUUCAACUGGGACUGUACUCUGAUUGUAACUGGAUCAAUGGACAAAACGUGCAUGCUGUGGAAUGCUCUGACUGGCAAACGUGUGGCAACUUUAACAGGUCAUGAUGAUGAAGUGUUAGAUGUUUGUUUUGAUUACACUGGGCAGCAUAUUGCAACUGCCUCAGCUGAUGGAUCAGCAAGAGUUUAUAAUGCAGAAAACAAAAAAUGUAUUGCAAAACUUGAAGGUCAUGGAGGAGAGAUUUCAAAAAUCUGCUUCAAUCCUCAAGGCAGUCGUAUCCUUACAGCCAGCUGUGAUAAAACUGCUCGGCUCUGGGAUCCUCAGACAGGACAAUGCAUUCAAAUACUAGAAGGCCACACGGAUGAGAUAUUUUCAUGUGCUUUCAACUACAAAGGCGAUAUAAUAAUUACAGGGAGCAAGGAUAAUACAUGCAGGAUAUGGCGUUAAUUGAAGAUGAUAUCUGACCCAGCUUCCUAGCAGCUUUCAUGAGUUUCUUACACAGUCAAUAACCAUUAAGCCCUUCAAAAACCAGUUUUGCCU